AUGCAUGACUACUCUCAGCUUCUGGAAAACCUUUCGGCGCAUUCUGACUGGGAAGGCAUGAAAGUGCUGCUACAUAUGCUUGACAUAGACUCCAAAGACGAAUGCCCUGUUAUCGAUGACGACUGGGCCACACAACCAACUUCGCGUUUGGGCACAAAAGAAUACAUGUCUCGAAGCGUCAUAGGCGCUGCUCAUGAUAACCGUGACCAUCCCUACCAUGCAUCCCCAGCCGACGACCUUUUCUCUUGCUUCUUUGUAGCUCUUUGGGCGGCGAUUUAUCGCAAAGACGGUUCGCUCGAGAUUCCUGAAGGAAUCGUCGUGUUUCGCGAAGACCUCGCAAGAAGUACGGACAGUCGAACAGCUGUCGCCUCCGAUGUCGCGAACCCUGUGAAACUCGAGGUCGACAUGUACGGAACGUUCCUUGUCUCCUGUCAACACUUUCUGGAAGAGUGGUACACGAAGCUCUGGAGGCUUUUGGCUGAUCGGAGGAACUUAUUGGACAAUGACCCUAGCGAGAAUGGAUCGACAGAGCGUCUUUGCAGCUUUUACGAGAGACGCCUUCGGGAUAUCACUCCGCCAAUACUCAAGGCGCGCUUUGUCAAGCAGAGUGUCAAGCAGAGUAUUGAUAGCGAAUCCAAACGCGAGCUUCUCGAUGAAGACGACGUAGAUAUUGCCAGCAAGUUCUCGUGGGUGUCACGGCGCUAUUUCAACGCGGAAAAGGAUUUGCUCUCCGCAUGCAGAGACGACUUCGGGGUCGCAAAACACUACUAUUCGGCUAUAGUGCACCAUAAGGACGGUAUACCUGCCACCAAUCACUUCUUUCUCCAAUCCGUGACCUUUUGGAACGUCUUAGAAGCACGCGAAGAUCCCUCUAGAGAGCCUACGCCAGAGUACCGAACCCUAAGGCAGCACGUCUGUGGAUUCUGUGGACGCUCUUUGGUACAUGCCAAAUCGGAUCGCGAGCUCUUCAUGGCUAUUGCACACGCCAUGCUAGGGUACUGGAACAUGCUUAGGAAGGGUUUUCAGCAUCGAGACAUCAGCAUCGGUAACGUGCUCCUUUCCGAAGAUUCUAAAACGAAGAGAUCCCUCUCCAAAGCUCUGAAUGAGCUGGUGUCGGACCUGAAAGAAUCCGACACCCGCAAAGCCAGACUAGAGAAGAUCACCACGCUUCUUCAGCCGUUAGAUACCGACGACAAGUGCAGGGGAUUCGUCAUUGAUGGCGACUUGGCGGUCCAUCUCCAGAAGUACUUUGCUUUCAAGGCGGCUUCGCAGUUGGGGACAGCAGAAUUCAUGUCCGAAGGUCUCAUAGAUGCUGCUAACGAGAGGGUGCCCUACCUUCAAUAUCCAGGCGACGACCUUUACUCUUAUUUCUUUGUAGCUCUUUGGGCGGCUGUGUAUCACAAGCACGAUAUGGUUGGGACUCCUUCUGGGCUCCGGCUGUAUCGCGAGUACCUCACGCAGGGCACGUCCCGAUCAAAUGUCGCAAGGAACGUCGCACGUCAUAGGGAGCUAGAAGUUGACAGAUACGGAUCAUUCCUUGUCUCCUGUCAGCCCUUUCUGAAGGAGUGGUCUGAAAAGCUUGACUUGCUUGACAGCGCAUGGAUGAAACUACUACAAAGCGACCCCAGCCAAGAUAGUCUCGAGGAGCAUUUUUGCAGCUUAUACGAGAGGGGCUUGGUUGAAUACCUGGAGAUUUUCAUGAAGGUAUAUGGGUCGGCUUAG